GAGCGGACGCAGUAUACCUCGGGGGAAAUACCGGGCCGCAGUCACUUGGUCCCCCUCCGCUCGGCUGACAGCGCCCAGCUCUCACCCGCCAGUGGGACGAACGGAGACCGCGUGUUUGCGCCGCCGAGUACGCAACACGACUUACCGUAAAGUGCGAGUUCUCGUAACGCGCCUCAUACUCUAGUCGAUGUAACUGCGAUGCAAGGCUAGCUGCCGUUCGGGGAUGUGAAUACACGUGACUUUCUUCAUCCAUACAGGACGUAGCUGGCAUGGACCAGUCGUGCCUGCACGAGGGCCUGCCCGCCGUGCCCGGGGGGCUGCCGCUGCUGGCGGUCCACGCGGCCGUGGACGGCGUCAUGCUGCUGCUGAUGCUGGCGACGAACGCGUCCAUCGUGGCGGCCAUCGUGCGCCAGCGCCGCCGCCUCGCCGGCGUCUCCCUGUCGGCGCGCUUCGCCGCCAACCUCGCGGCAGCGGACGCGUUCGUCGGCGCUGCCACCGUCUUCUACCUGUCCUACCGCUACGUGUGCGCCUCGCGGGUGGGGCUCGGUGGCUACAAGUACACGUGCGUGUUACGCUUCGUGGUCGUCAGCAGCGCCCACAUGACCUCGGCCUACAGCCUCGUGGCCAUAGCUGUCGACCGCUACAUCGCAGUUGUGCACGCACUCCGCUACAAGGAAAUCAUGAACGUCAGGCGAUGGGCUGUCAUAAUCGCAACUGUAUGGCUGGCCUCCAUAAUGAUAAAUCUAUCACUCUUUGCGUGGAAUAAAUGGGAGCCUGGAGCUGAAUGCGAACUGGACAAAAUCGUUCCUCUGGGUUACAUGAUAGCAGCCGGGAUCGCAACCCACGGCGGCAUCAUCGUUGUCGUGGCACUGGUGCAUUACCGGAUUCACAGGGAGGCAGUUGCGGUGAAGUGCCGACGACUGACGGGCGACAACCAGCCAUGCCCCGGGGGGUCGGCGGCCAACGUGCUGCGACGCACAAUGAACACAAAGUCUGCUCGCGUCCUCCUUCUCGUUACCUGCGUCUACCUGGGCUGCUGGGCGCCCUACACGCUUCUCUACCUCGUUAAGGUGUCCGGAAUCUCAUCCCCAGCCAUCGACCUGGCCCAGAACCUCGCCUAUACUUUCGCCAACAUCAAUUACCUCGUCAACCCAUUCAUCUAUUCGUGGAAGAACGCGAAUGUUCGUCAGUGUAUUGUAAGGACCCUCCAAGACCUGGGACUGUACGACAAAUCUGUAUUGAGUAAUGCAGUCAAGGGUAAUGUUUCUGACAGGAGGACUAGCAGCAGAACACCGUCGAGUGAGCAAAUUAUUCCUACUUAGUGGUUCAUCAUUCCAGUGUUUUGCUUAUCAUUGAGGAUUCAGCAUUCGAUUCGUAUCGAAGUGUGCUGCCGGUAUUUUGUAAAUGGACGAAGUAGCAGGAGAAACGACCUGCUGACGAAUGCCGUUUGUCCUUCGCCAAUGUCAGUAUAAUGUGCAAAAUCUGUUGAAAAAUGUCUAUCCAACGUGCAUUUCAACAACAGUCACAGAAAUAUGAAAAACAUUACCAUUCCAUAAGAAAGACAUAGCAUAUAAUUAGUAAGUGCUAGUCUGAAAAAAUUUCUUUUCCUUUUUUGUGUAUAUAAUGUUGUAAAUUAUCAGCAGAGAACCUCUUGGAAAACGUGACUGUAAUUAAUAACUGAGUAGAAGGAAGUUAUAAAGCACACUUACGUUCUUAGAAUAAUAAUUAGUAACAAAAAUGUUAGAUGUUAUGCAAUGGCUUUCCUGCCCUGCCCUUUUUUAGUAAUAACACCCUAUGUUUAAAUUUUAUUACAUAAAACAUGAAUUUCGAAUGUGUGUGUGUGUGUGUGUGUGUGUGUGUGUGUGUGUGAGAGAGAGAGAGAGAGAGAGAGAGAGAGAGAGGGAGAGGGAGAAAGGAACAUAAGAACAUAUUGGUCCUUGUAUAAACACUUUCAGUUUGAUGAUGUGACUACGGUCAACUGUUUUCUGUGUCAAAUAUACAUUUGAUUUACCUGUUUUACUUGUAAAGUAUUUGUAGAAUUUUUAAAUAUACAAUCAAACGC